UGCUUCCUUGACCUUGAUGCUAAUGGAAUGACAUUACUCUGAAAGAGAGUUAGCCAAACUUUCAGAACCAAUGGACUUUUCAGUCCUCAGGUCAUCUAGCACCUACUUCAUGACCUGAUGUCUAGCUCAGUGAAUGGUUGCUAUUAACUGUAUGUACCACAUGUAUUGCAGGCUAUCUGAGUAAACUCACCAGGCUAGAUUCUUGCUGCUGCUUUCAUCAGACACUUUGGUCUCCUCUCUUGAAGAGCAGUAAACAAGACUGAAAGCAUGGAGCGAAGGAAUCACAGUGGGCGAGUGAGUGAAUUUGUGUUGCUGGGUUUCCCAGCUCCUGCACCACUGCGGGCACUACUGUUUUUCUUUUCUCUACUGGCCUAUGUGUUGGUGCUGACUGAAAAUGCACUCAUCAUUACAGCAAUUAGGAACCACUCCACCCUCCACAAACCCAUGUAUUUUUUCUUGGCUAAUAUGUCAUUCCUGGAGAUUUGGUAUGUCACUGUUACAAUUCCUAAGAUGCUUGCUGGCUUCAUUGGCUCCAAUCAGAACCAUGGACAGCUGAUUUCCUUCGAGGGCUGCAUGACACAGCUCUACUUUUUCCUGGGCCUGGGCUGCACUGAGUGUGUCCUUCUUGCUGUUAUGGCCUAUGACCGCUAUGUGGCUAUUUGUCACCCCCUCCACUACCCUGUCAUUGUCAGUAGCCGGCUGUGUGUGCAGAUGGCAGCUGGAUCCUGGGCUGGAGGUUUCGGCAUCUCAAUGGUUAAAGUUUUCCUCAUUUCUCGUCUGUCUUACUGUGGCCCCAACACCAUCAACCACUUUUUCUGCGAUGUUUCUCCAUUGCUCAACCUCUCAUGCACUGACAUGUCCACAGCAGAACUUACAGAUUUUAUCCUGGCCAUUUUUAUUCUGCUGGGGCCACUCUCUGUCACUGGAGCCUCCUACAUGGCCAUCACUGGUGCUGUGAUGCGCAUCCCCUCAGCCGCUGGCCGCCAUAAAGCCUUUUCGACCCGUGCUUCCCACCUUACUGUUGUGAUCAUCUUCUAUGCAGCCAGCAUCUUCAUCUAUGCCAGGCCUAAGGCACUCUCAGCUUUUGACACCAACAAGUUGGUCUCUGUACUCUAUGCAGUCAUUGUACCACUGCUCAAUCCCAUCAUUUACUGCUUGCGCAACCAAGAGGUUAAAAGAGCCCUACGUCACACUCUGCACCUGUACCAGGGCCAGGAUGCUAAUGACAAGAAAUCUGGCAGAGGUGGUUAG